CCGCAUCCGCACAGACAACCAACUCUGACCGAUGCUCUCCCUACACAUCCUGGCCGAGACUUUCGUCGCCGCUCCGCGUGCGCCCGCCUCCUCAUCUCACGCCCGCGGCGGCGGGCCGCCUGCGAUGGCGGCCGGCGAGCCUCCGCAUGUCGCUGUGGUCGGCGCUGGAUGGGGUGGAUGGGCCGCUGCACAGACGCUGGUCGAGAAUGGCUGCCGCGUGACGCUGCUCGACUCUCUGCCCGACCCGACCGGGGAGACUCCGUACCUCACGCCGACUGGCAAGCCGUUCGAGGCCGGCACCCGCGGCUUCUGGAAGGACUACCCCAACAUCGAGGCGCUCACGCGGUCGCUCGGGCUGCGGGAGGAGGAUGUCUUCACGCCCUUCACGAACUCGUCCUUCUACUCGCCCGACGGGCUCGAGGCGACGGCGCCCGUCUUCUCGUCGACGAACCUCCCCUUCUCCGACGCGCCGCUGCCCGAGCUGCCCUCGCCUCUCGGCCAGGUCCUCGCGACGUUUCAGCUCUUCGAGCGGAUCCCGGUGCCUGACCGGGUGACGGUGCUCGGGCUGCUGUACGCGACGAUCGACUUCACGCGGGACGAGGAGGCGUUUCGCGCGUACGACCGCAUGACCGCGCACGAGCUCUUCCUCCGCAUGGGCAUCUCGGAGCGCUUCGUCCGCGACUUUCUCAAGCCGACCCUGCUCAUCGGCCUCUUCAAGCCACCCGAGGAGCUCUCGGCGGCGGUGGCGAUGGAGCUGCUCUACUUUUACGCGCUCGCCCACCAGACCUCCUUCGACGUGCGCUGGAUCCGCUACCCCUCCAUCUCCGAGCUGCUCAUCGCUCCCCUCGCCCGCUCCCUCCUGGCAAAGACUCUCCCGCCCGCCGGAGAGGCCGCCGGAGAGGCGGACGGCGGGUCCGGCGGGGAGGAUAGCGGGGCCGGCGAGGCGGACGGAGCGGGCGGGGCCCCCGCGCUGACGGUGCUGGGCGGCAGCCGCGUGCAGAGCGUGCAGCUGGACGCCGCAGGCAAGGUGAGCGGGCUGAGCUACGCGAGCCGCGGAGGGAGCGAGGCGCUGACCGGCCUGGACGGCUGCGUGCUCGCGCUCGGCUCAAAGGGGAUGAGCGGCGUGGUGGGCGGCUCGCCCGAGCUGGCGCGCGCGGCGCCGGAGCUCUGCAAGGCGGCCUCGCUCGGCGGCAUCGACGUGAUAGCUUGCCGCCUCUGGCUCGACACCACCGUCGAGACGCGCACGCCCGCAAACGUGUUUUCGCGCUUCGAGGCGCUGCGCGGCGCGGGCGGCACUUUCUUCAUGCUCGACCAGCUGCAGGGUCCGGCGUACGGCGGCGGCGACGAGGCGCUGCGCGCGCUGUGGGGCGGCGACGAGCCGCAGGGCUCCGUGGUCGCAUGCGACUUUUACAACUCUGGAGCGCUCAUGGGUCUGUCGGACGAGGACGUCGUCGCCACGCUGAUGGAGGACCUGCUGCCCGCGGCCGUGCCCGGCUUCUCGCGGGCGAACGUCGUCGACUCGUUCGUCGCCCGCUACCCCGGCGCCGUCUCCUGGUUCUCGCCCGGAUCGUUCGACAAGCGGCCGCCGCUGCAGACGCGCGUGCCGAACCUGGUCUGCGCCGGCGAUUGGGUGCGCAUGGGCGAGUUCGAGCACGGCGCAAAGGGGCUGUGCCAGGAGAGGGCCUACGUGAGCGGCAUCGAGGCGGCCAACGCGCUCGCGCGCAGCGGCGCGCUGGGCGUGCGCAACAACCGAGUGCGGCAGGUCAGCCCGGUGCGCGACGACGAGCCGCAGGUGGUGGCGGGCCGCGCCAUCAACAAGCAGAUCUACGACUCGCUGCUCAAGCCGCUCGGCCUCGACAAGCUGCUCGUGCGCUGAGAAGGGCCGCGCGCGGUGGACUUAUUUAAAGUACUGUGUAAUGACUAAUGUCUCUGGAGUCUGGUGGCAUGCUCUCGUUGCACGUUGGAGCACUUGGUCUUUGGAGUGCGGUCAGUAACCUUCCCAUAAGUUAACGCAUAGGAAAAAUUGC